AUGUCGGCUGCCCGCAAGUGUCGGUUGCCCGCAAGUGUCCCAGGCUGCCCGCAAGUGUCUCAGCUGCCCGCAAAUGUUUCAGCUGCCCGCAAAUGUGACCCUCCAAAUUUUGCCCGCAAAGUGGCUGCCCGCAAAAAAUUUGCCCGCAAACUGGUUGCCCGCAAAGUGGUUGCCCGCAAGUGUCGCGACGCCCUUUCAAAGGAUUUUACCCAAGCUUUUCGGAAAAUGAAGAACCAGUUAGACAUGGCUCGUCGGCCGGCCCGGGCCGAAAAUCUCGGCCAGGGUUAA